AUGCUCUCAAUCAUAUCUCUUUGGUUGCCUAACCCCCGCAUGCUCCUCCUCAACCCACCCUAGCUUUCUCUCUCCCUCUCACCACUAUAUAACCCUCCCUUCUCCCCACUCCAUUCUACUUCUACCCAUCCCAUCCUAAUUACAUCUCUCAAACACACACAUCAUUCGAAUUCAAAUGGCUGUUUCCGGUUUCGAAGGCUUUGAAAAACGCCUUGAGCUUCAAUUCUCUAGUGACAACAAUAGUACUGAACCUAUCGGUAUCGGUCUCCGAGAAAUCGAUUUCGAAUCGGUGGAACAAGUUCUCCAUUUAGUACAAUGUAGUGUCGUAUCCGCCCUUGGCAACCAACACUUUGAUUCAUACGUCCUCUCUGAGUCAUCUCUCUUCAUUUACCCAACCAAAAUCAUCAUCAAAACAUGUGGCACCACUCAACUCUUGAAAUCAGUCCACCCUUUCAUUCUUCUUGCUCAAUCCUUAGUCAACCUACGUGUAACCUCCAUCCGUUACACACGUGGCAGCUUUAUAUUCCCUCUGGCUCAACCUCAUCCUCACACUAACUUCCACGAAGAAGUUUUGUAUUUGGAGGAUAACAUUCCUGAAACUUUGUGUUACAGAAAGGCUUCUGUCAUUCCUUCUAAACUUACUUGUCAUUCUUGGCACGUGUUUUCUGCUGAUUCUGAUCAUCAUCAUAUAGAUAUGCCAUUGUAUACUACUGUUGAAGUCUGCAUGACUGAUCUUGACCCAACUCUGGCUCGAAAGUUUUUUCGAUUUCCAAAUGAUGGCAAAAAUGGAGAUUCAGCUGGAAAAGAAAUGACCGGGAUAACCGGCAUCAAUCGGAUUAACCCGAAUGCAAAAAUAUGCGAUUUUGCUUUUGACCCAUGUGGGUAUUCAAUGAAUGGGCUGGAUGGACACCGGUAUUCUACUAUUCACGUGACCCCGGAAGAUGGUUUUAGUUACGCGAGUUUCGAGUGUGUCGUUGAUUCGAUACAGAAUAACGAUGAUGAUAUCAUGGCGGAUAUGGUGAAAAAAGCAGUUAAAGUUUUCGGUCCGAGAACGGUUUCGGUGGCUACAACGAGUGCUACCACGGAAACGUGCAUGAGAAUUAACGCAGUUUUGGAAAAGCAGGUUGGGAUGAAAUGCAGAAGUUAUAGUAUGGAUGAUUUCCCGGCGGCUGGGACUGUGGUGUUUCAAACGUUUACUACACGCCGGAAUAAUAAUAAUAAUAAUAAUAGAAUAUAAUAUAUAUUUUAUUAUAGCAAUAUAUAUUAUGCAUGAGAGGAGGGGAGGGGGCCGGGGACAAUAUAUUGGUGCAUGCAUGAUGACACUAAGGAUGAUGUGGCAUUGAGUGAUCAUACAAAAUAUGCAUGUCAUCUAUCGAAUAUAUAUUGGUGGGGUUGACUUGUGUAAAAAGAUAUAUUAAAAAUGCACUACAAAAAAAAAAAAGGAAAUUAGUUUUAAGUUAGGAGAGGUUGAGAUAUCUUGAUUUGGCAAAGAAAAAAUUUGAGGGGGAUAUGUGUGUGUUUCAUCUACUGCAUCAUGAUAAUGUACCCCACUUUAGUUUGUCACGCCUAAGAUUUUGAGGAAUGUGUUUUUUUUUUCUUUUUACUCUAGUGGAAGAAAAUAUUUGGUUCCUAAUCAUAUUCUUUUAGUGAAGUGAAAA